AUGUCCGUUAUAUUUCAGGGGCUGCUGACAUUCCAGGAUGUGACCAUAGAUUUCACUCAAGACGAGUGGGAAUGCCUGGACCCCGGUCAGCGGGAAUUGUACAGGGACGUGAUGUUAGAGAACUACGGGAAUCUGGCCUGCUUGGGUCUUGUGGUCUCUAAGCCAGACCUGGUCACAUUUCUGGAGCAAAUGAAUGGUUCCUGGGAUGUAAGGAGAAUGGAUACAGCCAUACACCCAGCUGUGUCUUCUCACGAUACCCAGGAUUUGAGGACCCAAAAGCCAGGCUUAGAAGAUUUACUCCCAACAGCCAAGCUAGGAAUAUAUGAAAGAUUUCGCCUUGUAAAUUUACAUUUAACCAAAGACUGGCAAUCUAUGAGGGCAUAUAAAGAGCGGAGAGCAUGUUAUGAUGGACACAACCAAGUUGGUCCAGUUUCCCAUAAAAAGACUUACACUUGUUAUGAUUAUGGAACCCCCACCCCGUCCUCCAUCGGGGCUGUUAACAACUUCCAGUCCCAGCAUCAGCGUAGGAGGCCCCCUUUUCUCCACUACCUCUCCAGCCGUUAUCGUUUUUCAGGCUUUUUGACAAAGGCCGUUCUGACCGUUAUGACCUGA